AUGACUUUGCCAGCCAUCAAGGAAAGAGCCCAACUGAAGACUCUCAAAUUCUUGCCGGAGUCGAGUGAGCCGGGAAUCGUUCCAUCGAGCCCUCUCCAGGGACCUAUGCUGUUGGAGACCAUUCGCGAAGGCAAGGCAGAUUUCAAUCCGUUCGAGCUUGAUUUCGAGCCCUCAGUCAGUCUGGAUUUGGUGCCUGUCUGCAUUUAG